UCAAUAGACCUGGUAAAAUAAGGAAACAGAGACGCACCAAGGGAAGGGGUCCGUCGGGGUGGUUAGAGUCCAAGAGGCGACGCGAGCCGACGGCGGACGUGCUCUCCUCUCCUCGCCUCCUCCGGCUCUCCCUCCCCCUCCCCGCAUUCCGUCCCACCGCAUUCCGGGUAUAUUUAGCCGCGGCGCAGGAGGGACAACCUCCCUAGAGGCAGGCAGGAAGGGGGAGGCGCGCGAGCACCCGGGCGGCCGUCUCCACCGUCGGUUCUCCGGCCGCCAUCCGUCCAGAUCCCUCCUCACCCAGACGGCCGGUCGGGGAAGAUGAUGGGCGGCUUCGUCUCCAGGAUCCUCCUGCUGGUUUUCGGCUAUGCGUAUCCUGCAUACGAGUGCUACAAGACUGUUGAACUGAACAAACCUGAGAUCGAGCAACUCAUAUUCUGGUGUCAGUACUGGAUUUUAGUUGCCCUUAUGACGGUUAUGGAGAGGUUUGGAGAUUUAACAAUAUCAUGGCUACCAUUUUACUCAGAGGCAAAGCUGCUGUUCUUUAUAUACUUGUGGUACCCCAGGACAAAGGGGACUACCUACAUUUAUGGAACUUUCUUUAAACCAUACAUUUCACAGCAUGAGAAUGAAAUUGACCGGAAUUUGCUUGAGUUGAGAGCUCGGGCCAGCGAUGUUGUUGUCGUUUAUGUCCAGAAGGUUGCUGCUGUUGGACAAAAUACCUUCUUUGAUGUUUUGAAGUAUGUUGCGUCACAGUCACCAUCCCAGAAAUCAAAGCAACGUCCUCAGGAACCACAGCAGCCUCAGCAACAGCAAUCACAACCACAACCGCAGGUGCAGCAGCAGCAACCACAAAGGCAAGCGCAGCCUGUUAUGCGCAGAGCAGCAUCUAUCGCUGCUCGGCAAGCAGCAAUGGCACAGCAAGCUCAGGAGACCAAGCCCGUUUCCCCCAAGAUCAAGCGUCAAGCAUCAGCCAAAGGUGGUCCAGCGGCAUCGGUGAAACCAGCCGCGGCUGCUGCACCCACAGCAAAACCCGAUGAGAAGACAAAGAAAAGUGAGGCGAAACCUGCGGCCGAGCCAGUGCCGGCUCCAGCUGCUGACGCUGUCGCACCAAGGCCCGAGCCUAAGGCCCAGCCGGCCCCUGAAGCCGAAGCAUCGGACGACAUGGCGAUCGACGAGGCUGACGUCGCCGUGGAGGGCGCCGAAGAGGUUGAUCCUGCGCUAGAGGAGACGGUCAUGGAGGAGACCAUCCGCGUGACACGCGCCAAGCUAAGGAGGCGUGCCGCCGCCGAGGCGGGCGCGUGA